UUUUUUCUUUUUGUGUCGUCCUUCUUCCCGUUGAGCUAAUCGAUUACGGUCACCCGCGACACCUGCUCACAGUUUCUCAUAUUUAUCCUCACGUAAUUACACACACCAUGGAUGAUUUUGACAUGCUGAACGCGCCCGCCGCUGGGAACGGUGUCGGGUCGGAGGAGGACCCCGCUGCCGCUUUCUUAGCCCAGCAGGAGAGCGAGAUCGCGGGGAUUGAAAACGACGAAGGCUUCAGCAUCCUGGACAGCGGAGAGGUCCCCUCGUCGCUUGGAGACCCUAACGAUGGUGCUGUCAAUGGAGAGCUUCAUGGGGAAAGCAACGGUCCGUCAGACGCCUAUGCAGCAAUUUCCAAUGCAGACCGGCUGCAGGCAGAACCUGAAAGCCUACGCAAGUGGAGGGAGGAGCAAAGUGAACGGCUGGAGUUGCUAGAUGAAAAUUCUCGCAAGCAGGAGUCAGAGUGGAAGGAGAAAGCCAAGGUGGAGCUGGAGGAGUGGCACGCCAGGCAGAACGAGCAGCUGGAGAAAACCAAAUCGAACAACAGGGUGCUGGAUGAAGACUUCUACAAGCAGCCCUUCUCUGAGCUCAUUGGUUAUGUCACACACAUUAACCAUCCUUGCUACCGCCUAGACCAGGCGGCUGAGGAGGCCAUGAUUUCAGAUCUGGACGAGAACAACCCCGGCACGGAGUGGGAACGGGUGGCUCGGCUCUGCGACUUCAACCCCAAGUCCAGCAAGCAGGCCAAAGACGUGUCCCGCAUGCGCUCAGUCCUCAUCUCCCUGAAGCAGUCCCCGCUAGUCCGUUAGGCAGCCAAAGCUGCCCAGGGCGUCAUUCCAUAUCAUCCUCUAUCACCACACACCAACCAACCCAGCAGUCACAACCUGUAUUCUGAAGACAAGGGGGCUUACACCCCUUCUGUGUACGCGUUUGCCAUGCACAGUCAUUCCCCCCCCCCAUGGAAGGAUAUAGCCAGUGGUCCUGCCCUCAUCCAUUUCCACCUGGCAGGGCUGUAGAGAUUAACCUUGAAGCACCAGCUCACCAUUUCCUCCCCCUUAAAGGGUUUCCACCUGUGUGCACCUCUUCCACAGACCAAACAAGACCUUUUAAUAAUCACGUUUAACAAACUGAGAUCAAGGCCUGUUAGAUCGACACCAGGUCUCAUGGUCUGUGGUCUUGUGCAACACUUGUGUAAGGGUGGUGAGCUGGGACACUAAAAGGGAAGGGUUGAUGUUCGUUUGGGCCUUCAGCUACACUACAGCCUGCUUCACACGGCCCCCAAACAAUAUCAUUCCCAUGAUGCUGUACUCUAACUCUUAACCUGUCAAUCUCAUGAAUCUUUCUUCGACUUACGAGGGUUGAUCGAUGUUAAAUGGUUUACUUCACCUUCUGUUUUCCCAUCCUUACAAAAAAAAAACAAAAAACUUAAGAAUUUUUCUUUAUUGUUGUUUUUUAAGGACCAAACUCUAAGACAGAACUCCAAAUUCAGUGUGUGUACUUUAAGCUGUGUGUGUAGAGCCUGCUUGUGGCAUAUUGUGUUCAAUUUUCCGAUCUAUGCAUUUCCUUUUGAAAAGCCUCUCCCCUCUCCAGUCAGGAACUGAACAAAGUCCAGUCAUUACAAUACAUAUGACCUGUUUGUGUGUGCGUUUAAACCUCAACAGUGUGUGUAUGUACUCUAUGCGUGUACCUAUGUACAUAUACAGAAGGCAAUAUAUAUACAGUAUAUAAAAUGUUUAUGUCACUGAAAUUAGACAGUUGUGGUUUUAAAGAGAACUAGAUAUUAGCCAGCUGUUGCUUGACCAUGCGUGUUCAUUGUCCAUUUGAUUUCAAUAUCAGUAAAAAGUGAAUGAAA